GGGCCAAAUCACUCACGCCAAGAAACUCAUGCAACUUUGCAUAUAACUCCAUCAACCAACCUUAUAUCUUCCCAUGCAUUGGAACCCUUAUUUUCUACCAUCGUCAUUCCAACACCAUGAUCAACCUUAAUUCUCCCACCAUGAAUUUUACUUCCUCAACCUCCGACGGGGAGGAUUUCAUUUCCCGGCAGCUUUUCUUCUUGAAAGACUUACAAAUCAUUGAACUUUUCCUUGCUGUUCUUGUCUUCGUUACCAUUCAUUCUCUGAGACAGGGGAAACAUCAAGGCCUACCAGUAUGGCCGUUUCUAGGGAUGCUGCCAUCGUUGGUAGCGGGACUUCGUUGCAACAUGUAUGAGUGGAUCUCAGACGUCCUUCGCCGACAAAAUGGGACGUUUAUUUUCAAGGGUCCGUGGUUUAGCAGCCUCCAGUGUGUGGUAACCUCAGAUCCACGCAAUCUCGAGCAUCUUCUCAAGACAAAAUUCUCUGUCUUCCCAAAAGGUCCGUAUUUUCGAGACACCAUGAGGGACCUUCUUGGAGAUGGGAUAUUCAACGCAGACGAUGAGACAUGGCAGAGGCAGAGAAAGACGGCGAGCAUCGAGUUCCACUCAGCAAAGUUCCGCCAACUCACCACCGAGUCACUGCUCGAGCUCGUCCACAAAAGAUUACUGCCGGUCCUCGAAAAGGCAAUGAAGAACUCCAUCUCGGUAGAUCUCCAAGACAUACUUUUACGAUUAACCUUCGAUAACGUCUGCAUGAUCGCCUUUGGAGUCGACCCUGGGUGCCUCCAUCCGGACUUGCCCGAAAUACCCUUCGCCAAAGCAUUCGAGGACGCGACAGAGGCUACCGUCAUGCGCUUUGUCAUGCCCACCUGCGUGUGGAAAACCAUGAAGUUCUUCAACUUGGGGACUGAGAAGAAGCUUAAAACAUCAAUAAAAGGAGUGGAUGAGUUCGCCGAAGAAGUCAUCCGGACAAGGAAAAAGGAGCUUUCUUUGAAAGAACAGAACAAGAAACAGAGGUCUGAUCUCCUGACAGUGUUCAUGGGAUUAACCGACGAACAAGGACAGCCGUUUUCCAACAAGUUCCUCCAGGAUAUCUGCGUGAACUUCAUCCUUGCCGGACGAGACACGUCUUCGGUGGCUCUUAGCUGGUUCUUCUGGUUGCUCAACAAAAACCCAGAUAUCGAAGAGAAGAUCCUAUCGGAGAUUUGCAAGAUAAUCGGUGAAAGAGGAGAUAUGAGAAAUGGAGACUUGAAGAACAGUAACGAAUUGAUAUUCCGACCGGAGGAGAUCAAGAAGAUGGAUUAUCUUCAUGCCUCCUUAUCAGAAGCUCUGCGUUUGUAUCCCUCCGUUCCUGUUGACCAUAAAGAGGUUGUUGAGGAUGACAUCUUUCCGGACGGGACAGUUCUAAAGAAAGGAACAAAAGUGAUUUACGCCAUCUAUUCAAUGGGAAGAAUGGAAGCCAUAUGGGGGAAAGACUGCCGGGAAUUCAAGCCAGAGAGGUGGCUCCGGGACGGCCGCUUCAUGAGUGAGUCCGCCUACAAGUUCACCGCCUUCAACGGUGGCCCUCGCCUCUGCCUCGGCAAGGACUUUGCUUACUACCAAAUGAAGUUUGCUGCCGCCUCAAUCAUACUCCGGUACAAGGUGGAAGUCGUUAAGAAUCAUCCUGUGGCUCCCAAACUCGCCCUCACCAUGUACAUGAAGCAUGGCUUGAAGGUGAACCUAAUCAAACGGGAUGAAUCCGAGAUUCAGAAAUUCCUGAAAGUCAAGAAUCAAUCAAUCAAUUAAUUAAUUAAUUAAAUAAUUAAUAAUGUUUUUAUAAGUGAUAUUCCUUGUGAAAAUAAUCAUGUUAAUAUUUUUCAGGGUUGGCAUUGAAUUACAUAUUGUUGAAUUUGUGUUGAGUGAUGAGAGGCAUCUAGUGAUGUUUUAAGGAUGGCUACAUUUUCAAACAAUAAUGGACUUUGUUGUUGAUUUCAUUUUUCAUGGUCUGAGAAAACGCUGUAUUGUAUCUGUAUUGAUAAAUAAUAGCAAUAAUA